AUGGUUGAGGGGGGCCAAGUGGUCAGGGGGAGAGAGAAGGUGAAGGCAGGUGUAUGCCAGAAUGAAGGGCCUGCAGGGACCCCGAGUCCCCCAACUCCCAGGUCGGAGGGGAGUCGCUGGAGCCAGGUGCGGAGCAAAGUAAAGGAGCUGGUGGAGCCGAUGGUAACCAGGGCCAGAGACAGGUUGCAGUGGUUCUGGAACCCCAAAUUCUUCAAGAGCUUUAUGAAGACCUACUGUGAACACCUGAGGGACCUGGGCCCCUGCACCCAGGCCUGGCUCCGCAGCUCCAAGGGCACCCUGCUGGACAAGGCCCACAGCCUAUGCCCCCGGCUUUUCUGCAAGGACAAGGACCAGGAUUAAAGCGCCCACAGGAUGACC